AUGGGCUGGGUUGGACUGAGAAUGCCGUUCAGCGACAGCAUAGUUCCUCUUGGUCAACACUACUGUCACAAUUGCCACCACACAGGAAAGAGACUGAGGCAAUUCCUGCGGUCAGAUGGACGGAAAGUACACAUUGCGAGUUCGCCAGACGAGGCCAACAGCAUGAGGCGGAAACUGAGCACUGCAAACGAAAAAGAGGGGUUUGAACUGGUUGUACAUGGGUCGCCUGAACAUAUCGAGGCACUCCGCCACACCCACGCCCACCAUGAAGACCGGCACAAGCAACUGCAGGAGCAAUACGGCGACCUAGCCCAGGAAUUCGAGCGAGUGAUCCGCGAACUCGAUGCUCUCUCCACGGAGCUGCACAUGGUCAGUGAGCAUGCGGUGCAGCUCGACGCCAGCUUCUCCAAGUACGGGUACUCUGCGCAUCUGCGGACCAAGGACGAUGCCGGGAGCGGUGCCGACUCUGUGCAUUCGUCGGGCAGCGAGCUGUUCGACAAGGAUGUGUGGCGUGCAGAGCGCAAAAAGGGCGAAACCAUGCGCUUCUACCAGCGCCCGAUUGUGCGGCAGUACUUUCACAAGGGCCUGCUGUGGCGCGCCAAAGAAGCACAGGAAGUGGCGUCGUACGAGCUGUUCAUUGACCUCUUCUACGUGGGCAUCAUCGCCAUCACAGGCGACUCGGCGGCCGAGCACCCCUCGGGCGAGUCGCUGCUGCGCUUCGCGAUUACCUUCAUCAUGGGCUGGAAGUUCUGGUCCGACAUUGGCGUCCUCAUCUCGUGGUUCGACUCGGACGACGUGCUGCGGCGCUGCUCGGUCCUCUUCAUCCUGACGUGCCUGCUGGGCUUCACCACAAACAUGGCGUCGGCUUUUGAGCACACGUACACGCCGCUCGUGGCCUUCUACCUGGCCGCCCGGCUCUUCAUGUCGCUCAGCCUGUGCUGGUACGCGUGGACGAUCCCCAUGAUCCGCGGCAGCAUGAUUGGAUACAGCGUGAUUCCACUGGUCCCGUUUGCCCUCUGGGUCGGCAGUAUACAUGUCGACGAGCCCGCCAAACAAGGCCUCAUCUGGGUCGCCCUGGUGCUCGACCUAUUCGGUCAAUUCGCCAUGCUGCUCCUCCAGCACAACCACUCGCCCCUGCGCAAACACCUCCCGCAGCGCAUCAAGAGCAGCCUCGAAUUCUUCCCCGGCACAAACAUCGAGCACAGAAUCGAGCGCACAAACGCCUUUGUCACCCUCGUCUUUGGCUCCUGUGUCCUCGGUCUGCUGUACCAGAGCAACGUGGCCAUGGGGAUAAAUGCGUUUUUCGGGAAAGCUGUCCUGGGCCUCAUGCAGGCUUUUGUGUUCAACUGGCUGUACUUUGAAAUCGACUCGUUUAAUCUGCAUACCCAUGCUAUUAGACGGCAUGUUGUUUCUGCAAUGGCCUGGCUAACCCUCCACGUCCCCUUCACCAUGUCCUUCGUGCUCUCGGCGUCCUCGCUCGCCAUCCUGGUGCGCGCCCACGACGCACCCAACACACCGCUGCUCUCGCUGCACCCAAGCUUCGUCGCGAAAUCCGAAGCGCACGUCCCGCUCGCGCUGCAGUGGUUCUACACCUGCAGCCUCGGCAUCGCCCUGCUGUGUCUCUCUGCGCUGGCGAAAACGCACGUGCACCGCAAGAUAGCGCACCAGCGGCUGCGCAAGAACAUGCGGCUGGUGUAUCGCUGCGCCGUAGCCAUUGUCAUUGCAGUCCUGCCGCUUGCGCGCAUGCAUAGUUUAGCGCUGGUCGCCAGUACAACGGGCUUGGUACUGAGUGUGCUGGUCGUGGACCUCGUGGGCGUGGGGUGCUGGGGCGAAAAUAUCUUCUGGGAUACCGCAUGUAGGCGGGAUCGCGCGACGUAUAGUGCAAAGUGUGCGGUUAGGAGAGAGGAGCUGGAGUGCAGUGCGAGGCAGGGCACUGUGCUUAGUGUCGAGGAGAUUGCGGCGAGGGAGAAGGGCGAGAAGGGGAGUGUGGGUGCGGUGUGA